GUUUGUGCCACCGCGGCUGAGAGAUGUUUCUGAGGGCGGGGGCAAAAUGGUAAAUCUGGUGCGCAGGUUCGUGCUCGCGGCGAACGCGAUCGUGGCGCUCUACUCGCUUCUCGAGAUGGGGGCAGCAAUCUGGGAGAUCCUGAGGGGCACCACACCGCUGCCGGAGGCGCUUCAGCUCUGGCUCGACUUCAGUCACGACCAGGUGCUCGCCUACUUGCUGCUGUCGGCCGAGGCGUCCGGCACCGGAGAAGCGCGUAACCUGAGGAGGGGUGACACGUGCGCGGCCGAGGAUGCGUUCUGCGUACAGGCGUACAUAUCGGUCGCUUUAGGGUUUGGGGGGUUCAUGUUCCUGGCCGCCUCAGCUCUGAUCUCUGGCUACCGGCUUCUUUCCUAUUUCAUCACCGGUUCUCGUUUCCACGUUUGAUGAACCCGGGGGGAAAUUAAGUUUUUUUUUUUUACCUUAAAUCCAUAUUUUGUAACAUUCGUUAUUAUUAUGUGAAGCUGCCUUCGGUUUUUUUU